AUGACGCAGACCUCCAACGCAUUAUCGAUAAUCAGACCAGUCACUGGGUCCCUGUCGGGGAAGGUAAACCUUCCCUGCUUCUUCUCCACUAUUCCAACCUCAGCACCAGUCAUCAGUCCCAAUGGAACAGCCAUUUAUAGCAGAGAUUACUUGCGGAUCAAAUGGACCAAAAUAGAGGGAGAAGUAGAAUCCACAGUGCUGGUAGCACAAAAUGGGGUCAUCAAGAUUGGCUCUAGCUACAGGAACCGUGUAUCAGUGCCCAGUCACCCUGAGGAUGUUGGUGACGCCUCACUGACAAUGGUCAAGCUGCGGGCCAGUGAUGCUGGCACGUAUCGCUGUGAGGUCAUGUACGGCAUUGAAGACACCCAGGAUACAGUUAACCUCGAUGUCAACGGUGUUGUCUUUCAUUACCGGGCAAAAACCAGUAGGUAUACGUUGGACUACCAGAAUGCUGUCAGAACUUGCCAAAAUAUUGGAGCAACCAUUGCUACAUAUGACCAACUGAAAGCAGCCUAUGAGGACGGCUUUGAUCAGUGUGAUGCUGGCUGGAUUGCUGACCAGACAGUGAGAUACCCAAUUACAAAGCCAAGGACUGGCUGCUAUGGCAACCUACAGACUAAACCUGGCGUUAGGUCAUACGGGACCAGGAAACCUACGGACACAUAUGAUGUAUACUGUUACGUGGAUAAACUCAAUGGUGAGGUGUUCUAUGCUCCUGUGACCCAUAAGAUGACUUUUGAGGAGGCCCGUGAAGAGUGCAAGAAGAGGAAUGCUGUUUUGGCAACUCCCGGUCAACUCCAUGCUGCCUGGCGACAGGGCCUGGACAGAUGUGACUAUGGCUGGCUCUCUGAUGGCAGUGCACGACAUCCUGUCGCAGUACCCAGACUAAAGUGUGGGGGAGGCCUGCUUGGUGUAAGGACCAUGUAUCGCUACAGAAACCAGACUGGCUUCCCAGAACCAACUACGAAGCUUGGAGCUUACUGUUUUAAAGGAAGGAGAGAGGUGAUCAACCAGACUUCUUUUGUGGAUGUGUCUGUGGUAGGAACCACCACCAUCAGCUCCACUACCUCCAUCCCUUUACUGGAGAGUAGUGCCACCACGCUACCCCCAACAUCUGAAAGUGUAUCAGAGGCAGACGAAUCUCUAGACUCUCCAGUUCCUUCAGUUGCUUCGUCUAUGUUCUCUACCAGUAUGUCUCCACCUCGCCCAACUCCUGCAGGCAAGGAAGAGGAGUUAUUCACCACUGCUGCACCCACCAUCAAAGAGGACCUUGAGGAAACUGAUGAUAUAACAGAGACGCCAGACUUAGACAAACUCCACUACACAACAGAAAGCACUGAUACCACAGAAUCAGCAUCUGAGCUGGAUGAUCACUCAGUGAUUGAGAUCAGCACAAUCCAACCUGAUGUCCCCAUACCAGAUGCUUCUCUUAGCACAGAGCCCAUGUUUGCUGAGGGGAAGACUGAGGAAACUAUUCCUGAUGCUGGGAUCACCACAGCGAUGACAUCUGACCUUACCGACAUUCCAACAGAAUCAACCGAACUGACCAGCGAGGAAGCAACACCAUUCCCAGAUUAUGAUCCGGGCGUGGAUGAUAUUGUGACUAGUUUUGGUGUACAGGGACUGCCACCUGUUCAGCCACCUGAACAGGACUUCUCAUCCAGCCUGCCAGACAGCACUAGCAUUGCUGAAGAAACAACAACCCCCACAGCCAUUCCCAUCACCACCACCACCUUUAUGUGUGACACCCAACCCGGCAAAGAGGUGAGCCACCAGACAGGGCCACCAGAGGCAGCACAAACCACACCUCAAACCCAGGAUGUAGAGACACCAGCUGUUGUCUACAAGGAAGAGACCACACCUGAAGCUGUGACACCUGCUGCUGUCUUGAUUGACAGCGGGACCUCAGCUGAAGAUGUGACAUCGUCAACUAGUGUUUUUGAUGAGUCUGCCACUCAGGUGCCAGAACACAGUGGUGACACCCUGACAGAGUAUGAUACAACAACAGAGAUCGGCACAGAAUUCUUUACGUCCGCUUCAGCGGCGGCUGACACCACCGCCACUCCAGGUACAGUGGUCGCUGAUGAGCAGUCCAUCCAAGGAACCACUGUCGUGCAGAUGCAGAAUGUAUCAGGUAAGACAUAUCAACAAUACCUUCAACUUUUGAAGAUUUAUUUUGGGUAUUUGCAUUCACUGCCAGCAAUUCUUAUUCAACCAUAUAUGUUGUGA